UUCUGAAAAAGCAAGGGCGAGAGCUAGAUGCAAGGCCCCAGCCAGUUUACCCCUUCCAGUUGAAUUGCGAGUGGCACAGGGGAGGGAUAGGCAGCUGUCGCUUGCUUGCUUGCUUGUUGUGGGCAAGAUUUUAGAACUAAAAUUAGAAAGUAAUAUUUAUAAAUGAUUUAACGAAUAGUAAUAAUAUUUUAAUACAAUGUCAAUGCAUAUUGGAUGAAAUACGCGUUUAUAUACACUUUAAUCCAGCAGCAUUUUAUGUCACUUUACUGUAUUUUCGCGCAGCUACCUGUGAAAGUGGUAGCUAAUCCGUCUCAGACACCGCUGUAAAUAUGGCGCUUCUGCUAACUUCACUAUUGCAAACUAACGUUUAAAACAAGGACUCUUCAGUUGGUGUCGUGGCCAUGAAGAGAGUUGAUGCAUAUUACAUUUAGUACACAUUUGAGGCUGUUAUCGCGUAAUUUAGUGGGCAAAAGAAAAUUCGCAAUUUAUUAGCUAGUAAGCUAACUAGCUAGAUAGUUGCUUUCGUAAAUAAACUAACGUUAGCUAUUUUGUUUAGCGACCUUGUCUGAACAAGUAAACAUCGCAAUAAAUGUAGUUAAGUUUUCUGAAACUGAAUUUUUACUACACUGAAUUGUCUCACUCGACAGCUUUCCUUCAUAUGAUUGAAAGCUAAUCCAAUAAUUGCUUGCUAUUGCUAACCAUCAAGAAGCUAGUUGGCUUUGUUGCUGCGAGAAUGGCAGCGAUAAAAGCAAAUCGGUUUAACAUGGUGGGUGUGUGCCAUCAGUUAAGACCAUAGACAUUAACCUGGUUUAAUUAUAAGACAUGUAUGAUGCUCAUCGAUUCGCAACGUUGUUGUACCCUUGCACACGAACAUAAGUCAAAGACUUACACAAAGCAGUACAUUUCGAAUGCCAGCGUAUAAACUUCAUACAUUUUGUUCCCUAAGCCUUUUAUAUGUAAAUAUACAUACAUGUUUCAUUCUCGUUGGACGAAGACCUUACAGUCAAAUAGGUAGCUGCAUUAUCGUGUAUAUUAUUGCACUACAGGGAGUAGAUAAUCUCUGUCAGAGCAAUCCAGCAUUGCCAUGUUCUAUUCAUAAACAUGGGAAUUAAUCAAGUAUAAAAGUGGAAUGUAAUCGUGUUAAGGCCAUUAAAAACAUUCAUAUUUAUAUGGUUUAGACUACAAUAAGGAUCAAAUAUUUAUAGCACUUGGUCUUUCAAAGAGUGAAAAAGAAUUCAAUAGAUUUUCACUGUAGUUAAGCAAUUUACCUCAACCCGUCUCCAUAGUGCAGUAUUAGUCAAUAUUGUUUACCAAAUACAAAUUUAUACUAUAAAAGCCUUUUUUAAUUCUCAACAGUGUGUGGAUCUAUGUGUCUUUCUAGGUCCGCCAACAUGAUGGCUGCCCAGUCGGAUUCCAUAGACAAGUACCUGGAGGGAGAGCAGCAGAUGCAGGGGGUGGAGCAGGCGGACGGUGAGGAGGGUUUGGAUGCAGCCUCCAGUCCAACCCCCACUGAGCCCCAGACCCCCAUGGAUGUAGAUAAGGCUUCCAUAUACCGGCAUCCAUUGUUUCCUCUCCUGGCCCUGCUCUUUGAGAAAUGUGAGCAGUCUACGCAGGGCUCAGACUGUGUCACGUCAGCCAGCUUCGACGUGGACAUUGAGAACUUUGUCCGCAGCCAGGAGAAAGAGGGCAAAGCCUUCUUCAGUGAGGACCCUGAUCUGGACAAUCUGAUGGUGAAGGCCAUCCAGGUGCUGCGGAUCCACCUGCUGGAGCUGGAGAAGGUCAGCGACCUGUGUAAGGACUUCUGCAGCCGCUACAUCUCCUGUCUCAAGACCAAGAUGAACAGCGAGACGCUGCUGAGUGGAGAACCUGGCAGCCCCUACUCAUCUGGACAGGGUUUCUCCCCCACCAAGAUCCAGACGUCCAGCUCUUUCACAGGAACCCUCAGUCCCCAGGGGAUUGUGGUGCCAGCAUCGGCCCUGCAGCAAGGCAACGUAACCGUGACAACUGUCAACCCCACACAGGUUAUAGCAGGUAUGUCACCCUGGCAUACAACAACCACAGGUGGCACAGUCUACCAACCAGUUACAGUAGUCAACUCACAGGGCCAGGUGGUGUCACAGACCCUCUCGCCCCAGACCAUACGUAUCCAGAACACACAGCUCCAGCUGCAGCUCAACCAGGACCUGAGUUUCUUCAACCACGACGACAGCUCACCCAAGAACAAGCGUGGCGUUCUUCCCAAACAAGCCACCAACGUCAUGCGCUCUUGGCUCUUCCAGCACAUCGGGCACCCCUACCCCACAGAGGAUGAGAAGAAGCAGAUCGCUACCCAAACUAACCUAAGCCUCCUCCAAGUCAACAACUGGUUCAUAAACGCGCGGAGGCGAAUCCUGCAGCCCAUGCUGGACGCCAGCUCUUCGGAGACACCCAAAAACAAGAAGAAACCUCCUCCGAACAGGCCGCUACAGCGCUUCUGGCCUGACUCCAUCGCCACGGGGAUGACCCAACAACAGGUCCAGAUGCCAGAUGGAACCACGGUGAUGAUGAGUGUGGAAGGUCUUCGGAGCCUGACUUCAGACGGUGCCACGCUGGCCGUGCAGCAGGUGAUGAUGGGCGGGCACAGCGAGGACGAAUCAGGAGACAGCGGGGACGAGGACGAUGAUGACGACAUGGCUGGGCUGGGCCUGGACAACAGCGACUCCCUGCAGUAGGACACAGACGUACUGUACACACACACACGAAGACAUACACACUUAAAAACAAACUUUGUGUGCUUUGUUUUAAUAUGUAUGUAUAUAUAUAUAUGUGUAUGUGUGUGUGUGUAUAUAUAUAUAUAUAUGUGUGUGUGGUGGUUAAGACCUUCAACUGACACAUGAUGUAGGUAGGCUAACAAUGAAUAAGGCGGGCUAACAAUGAAUAAGGCGGGCUAACAAUGAAUAAGGCGGGCUAACAAUGAAUAAGGCGGGCUAACAAUGAAUAAGGCGGGCUAACAAUGAAUAUGGCGGGCUAACAAUGAAUAUGGCGGGCUGAUAAUGAAUAAGGCGGGCUAACAAUGAAUAAGGCGGGCUGAUAAUGAAUAAGGCGGGCUGAUAAUGAAUAAGGCGUGCUGAUAAUGAAUAAGGCGGGCUGAUAAUGAAUAAGGCGGGCUAACAAUGAAUAAGGCGGGCUGAUAAUGAAUAAGGCGGGCUGAUAAUGAAUAAGGCGGGCUGAUAAUGAAUAAGGCGUGCUGAUAAUGAAUAAGGCGUGCUGAUAAUGAAUAAGGCGUGCUGAUAAUGAAUAAGGCGGGCUGAUAAUGAAUAAGGCGGGCUGAUAAUGAAUAAGGCGUGCUGAUAAUGAAUAAGGCGUGCUGAUAAUGAAUAAGGCGGGCUGAUAAUGAAUAAGGCGUGCUGAUAAUGAAUAAGGCGGGCUGAUAAUGAAUAAGGCGGGCUGAUAAUGAAUAAGGCGGGCUGAUAAUGAAUAAGGCGUGCUGAUAAUGAAUAAGGCGGGCUGAUAAUGAAUAAGGCGGGCUGAUAAUGAAUAAGGCGGGCUGAUAAUGAAUAAGGCGGGCUGAUAAUGAAUAAGGCGUGCUGAUAAUGAAUAAGGCGUGCUGAUAAUGAAUAAGGCGGGCUGAUAAUGAAUAAGGCGGGCUGAUAAUGAAUAAGGCGGGCUGAUAAUGAAUAAGGCGUGCUGAUAAUGAAUAAGGCGUGCUGAUAAUGAAUAAGGCGGGCUGAUAAUGAAUAAGGCGGGCUGAUAAUGAAUAAGGCGUGCUGAUAAUGAAUAAGGCGUGCUGAUAAUGAAUAAGGCGUGCUGAUAAUGAAUAAGGCGGGCUGAUAAUGAAUAAGGCGGGCUGAUAAUGAAUAAGGCGUGCUGAUAAUGAAUAAGGCGUGCUGAUAAUGAAUAAGGCGUGCUGAUAAUGAAUAAGGCGUGCUGAUAAUGAAUAAGGCGUGCUGAUAAUGAAUAAGGCGUGCUGAUAAUGAAUAAGGCGGGCUGAUAAUGAAUAAGGCGUGCUGAUAAUGAAUAAGGCGUGCUGAUAAUGAAUAAGGCGGGCUGAUAAUGAAUAAGGCGGGCUGAUAAUGAAUAAGGCGGGCUGAUAAUGAAUAAGGCGUGCUGAUAAUGAAUAAGGCGUGCUGAUAAUGAAUAAGGCGUGCUGAUAAUGAAUAAGGCGGGCUGAUAAUGAAUAAGGCGUGCUGAUAAUGAAUAAGGCGUGCUGAUAAUGAAUAAGGCGGGCUGAUAAUGAAUAAGGCGGGCUGAUAAUGAAUAAGGCGUGCUGAUAAUGAAUAAGGCGGGCUGAUAAUGAAUAAGGCGGGCUGAUAAUGAAUAAGGCGGGCUGAUAAUGAAUAAGGCGUGCUGAUAAUGAAUAAGGCGUGCUGAUAAUGAAUAAGGCGUGCUGAUAAUGAAUAAGGCGUGCUGAUAAUGAAUAAGGCGGGCUGAUAAUGAAUAAGGCGGGCUGAUAAUGAAUAAGGCGGGCUGAUAAUGAAUAAGGCGGGCUGAUAAUGAAUAAGGCGGGCUGAUAAUGAAUAAGGCGGGCUGAUAAUGAAUAAGGCGGGCUGAUAAUGAAUAAGGCGGGCUGAUAAUGAAUAAGGCGGGCUGAUAAUGAAUAAGGCGUGCUGAUAAUGAAUAAGGCGGGCUGAUAAUGAAUAAGGCGUGCUGAUAAUGAAUAAGGCGUGCUGAUAAUGAAUAAGGCGGGCUGAUAAUGAAUAAGGCGGGCUGAUAAUGAAUAAGGCGGGCUGAUAAUGAAUAAGGCGGGCUGAUAAUGAAUAAGGCGGGCUGAUAAUGAAUUGCAACACACACUAGAACCAAAUCAGAGCCAUUUUUAAUGCUCUGCUAAAAAUAGGAUGGCUCAGAUUAUGUAUGUACUGUAGAUAGACUGGUAUUGCAUCGCAAGUACACAAAUGCGCGUUACACGUAAGUAUACGCUCUCUCGAUCGGUUUACACAGAGCACAACCACUGGACAUACGGGAUCACUCCCGAUGUCCCUUUAAUGAAUGGAGUGUCUUGUGUGUGAGGAGUUUGAUAUCAGAAAGUGUUUUUACUACCGUCGUCUGUGUGUAAGCCAGUGUUUUUCUGUAUAAUAUCAUUGUAUGUUCCAAAAGCCCGAGAAACGGAAGCAGCAAAAAAAAAUCAUGAAGUGUUAAAAAAAACACUCUGAAGCUCCGUUACUAAAUGGUGAAUGAUUUCUUAUUUUUGAUUUAAAUCUCUUUUUGGAUGCCAACACUUUCAAGUUGUAUCUGUAAUGGGUUUUGUUCACUUUGCAUGACUGUGUUUGAUUACAUGUGCCCACUCUGAUUAGGACUGGCUUAUAGGCAGAGCCCAUGGCUUACAGGCAGACCCUAUAGGUCCAGCAGAGCCCAUUAAGGAAAAUUAAAGUAAAGAGGCUUAUUUUUAUAUACAAACAUGAGAAGUAUGCUUUUUGUUUGUUUGGUGUUCUCUUGUUUUGUUUGGAAUGUUUAUGUACAAAAAGUUUUGUUAUUGAAGCUAUCGGCCCUGUUUUCCAGGGUCCAAUUAAGUUUUCUAAAUAUUGAUGACAAAUGAGAAAAAAAUGUGAUUAUGUCAAAUGGUUUUUAACACGAUCCGAAAAAGGCCUUAUUUACAGUUAACUGCCAAAAUAAUGGAAACACUUAAGUAAAUGAGGGAUACAAAGUAUAUUUAAACCAGGAGGUUCUACACAGGGUCUGGUUCAGGAGUUUAAUAAACACAUUAACAUCCCAUCAUGCUUAGGGUCAGGUAUUAAAAAUGCCCAGUUGUUGAUUUAUUAUGGCUAGAAGAGGUCUCCGUGACUUUGAAAGAGGGGUCUCAAAGGAGCACAGGCUGUUUUUAAAGUGUGUGUGUGUCUCAGUUACCAGAUCUCUACCAAAUGGAACACUUAUGGGAGAUUGUGGAGCGAUGCCUCCACAAUCUCGUUCUCCACCACCGUCAAUAGAACACUAAAUGAUGGAACGUCUCGUAGAAGAAUGGCGUUGCAUCCCUCCAGUAGAGUUCCAGACAUCCGUCGAAUCAAUUUAACGGCACAUUGAAGCGGCUCCUUCUGGACCUACACCCUAUUAAGUCGGGGUUUCUGUUAUUUUGGCAGUUACCGGUAUGUUCUUUUUGUAAAGACAUAACUAUAGUGAAAAGCACAGAAAGCCUAACUAGUAGAAGCUACACUGCCCUAUGUUUUUAUUUGGACAGCGAAGCUAAAACUUUUACUUUGGCACUUGAGUAUACUCCAGCAUUUUGGGAUUUGAGAUCAGAUGUUUAUAUGAGGUGACAGUACAGAAAGUCACCUUUUUUAUUUGAGGGAAUUUUCAUACGUAUCUGUUUUACAGUUUAGAAGUGAAUGCACUUUAUGUAUCUAGUCCCCACCAUUUGAAUAACUAUUUGGACAAAUUAACUUUAUAGUGUUUUAACAGUUUGUAAAAAAAAUUGUGGUAUUUGAUCCCAUAUUCCUUGUACACAAUGACAACAUAAAUCGUGUGACUCUAGAAACUUGUUGGAUGCAUUUGCAGUUUGUUUUGUUUGUGUUUCGGAUUAUAUUGUGUCCAAUAGAAAUGAA